GCUCAAUACAUGUAAAAGAGCCUACCUUCACUGGUUUCAUGCGUGAAUUACCAGUAGCAGAGGUACUCUUCAAUUCCAUCUACUGAUCAAAACCCUCUUCUGCCCAUGCUGAGGGGCUCAAUUGACUCUAUAUGUCAUUCAUUAUCAUCAAGUAAAAUCCGUGAAAGAAAUGAAGCACUUGAAAAGCUUCAAGAUAUUAACUUCAACUCAACUUCAACUAAAAAUGCAUUUGAUCGUGAUUUGUUACUAAAGUUAGUUGAAUCUUUAUUUUUUUAUAUUGACACCGAAAGGACGAUAUUUGAGAAAUCUAAUAGUAAUUCAAUUGUUGAAGUAAGGUUGAACAAAGUCUCAUCAAUUCUGAGAUCAGUGAUAGUUCAUCUUUGGGCCACAAAAAAGUUCAUCAGUUUAUAUAAACCUAGACAAAGUGAGAAAAUUAUCGAGCUUUUGCUGAAAAAUGUCAUGUAUACCCCAGUAGACUCUGAGAUUCAAAUUUUUGACCCUACAGCUUUGAAUUGCGUGAAAGCAAUGAACCAUUUAAUCCGUAUUCAAUGUUUCAGAGAUCACCUGUAUUUGACGAGCUCAGAAUCAAUUUUGAGUGUAUCAAUACGAUCUUUAAAUCUACUCGUAACAGAUACAAUAAACUCUUCUAAAAAUGAAAAUUUGCUGGUUGAGCUUUUUACUCUGGUUCAUGAAUUUCUUAACCCUUCAUACUCUUCCAACACAAUCUUAUUUCAAACCACACAAUCUACGACUAAGGGAAGCUAUUAUUCAAAAUUCUAUCAUAUUUUACUGAACUACUUUAAAAAUAUCUUUGAGGAUAGUAAACGAGAACGUGAAUCCCUGAUUUUUGUGUUCAAAAUCGUGAACAAAUGCAUUAUAGAUAUGUCGUCUGCUAAUAUCAACUUAUGCCAUUCAUUCUACAAAUUAGGAGUUAAGUUUAUACUUGAGGUCAAAACUAUUGUAUCAAAAAAAUUAGUUUUUGAAUUAGCAAUAUUUUUCAAUCUGAUUGGGCCGUAUAUUUUGCCCAUGGAAGUUCUAAAAGACAAUGGUAGCAAUCACAAUAUCAACACCACUAAUGUGCACAUAACCCCAAGCCCAGAACUAAGUUUACUCCCUGCUUCUAAAUCAGAGAAACUAGAAUUAACCGAAACAGCAUCGAACAUCAUCAAUCCGUCAUCGGAAGCAGACGAAAGUCUUCCCUUCUCAGAUUUGGAGGGCAGCAUUUCUCGGGAUUUAUCCACUUCGGCUCCAAUGAAGAAAAGAAAACGUAUGAAUAGUGCUGAUUCCGAAAAAAGCUCACUUCUGCAAGAAAUCAGCGACCUAAGCAAGAUAAUUGAAAUUGGGUUUAACUUAUUUAGUGAUAUUUCGUUGCAUAAACAACUUGAACUGGAGAGUAACUCUGUCAAAAUCCAUAUUUUCCCUGAUACUACACGAUCUGCCUCUAACUUGUUUUCUUUGAGGUACAUGUAUUUGAGUAAGGGUAGCCAUUCAACACCAUGGCUUCUUCGUCUUGGAAUAGUUCAUUUACUAAUAUGUUUUUACGAGCUGAAAGCUAAGUUAUCUACUUUAGACACAGAGACAGAAUUUAUUACUGCUUCAAAACGUUUAAGAAUUUCUGGGAUGGGUUUGGGGCUCACCUUUCAGAUCUCAGAUUACAUUCGAUCUUUUGAUAAUCCUUUGGACUGCUUGUUAUCUUUAUUGAUUGAUGAUCCUUUCAAAAAUAAUGUUUUAACAGUUACUAUCUCCCAGUUAUUGGCGUUCUGCUUUGAAUAUUUAUCAUCAAACAGGAAACUAAUUACGGUUGAAAAGCUUUCAUGUUCCGUACUACUGAACAAGGAGGAAAUAUUGGAAGAGUUGAUGAUUGUAUUUGAAAAGCCAGAUAACCAGUUGAAAUUCUGGGUUUUAUUUGCAAUUAACAUUUUCUAUUCGGUUAUGGCUACUUUUAGAGAUGAAGAAUCAAACACCCACGUGCAUAACUUGAGCAAAGCAGGUACUUCUUCCUUCAACAAACUUAUCAAAUACUGUUUAGAAUUGCUAAAGGACCCUUAUAUCUGCAGAUUAGCGUGCAUUUUUUUGACCCAUUUUUCCAUGUACAACUUCUUAACGAAAUCCAAUUUUUCACAUCUUGAAAAGACUAUCAUCCAGCAAUACGAGAAUGUUAUAGAUCUUUCAGAAAUAAACGGACCAGCUAUCCUGUGUUAUGAGUCCAUUUUAUUUUGGACAACAGCUGUUAAUAUUUGCAAGAAUUUCAAGUUUAAAAAUAUAAAACUUCGCAAUUCGUUGAACGCUUAUGAUUCUCAACUAUUCGGCCACAAGGUAUCACAUUGGUUCACCGGGAAAAUUGACCAGCUUUCUACACUGAACAAUGCCUACGAUAUUUUUUCGAUAACAAUGUUUGUCGGUUGGUUAUCAGGAUUUGGGAGCAUGAAGUUCGCUAAACGUGACUGGCAAAACAUGGAACGAGUUUAUGAUGGUCAUUCUUAUAGACUAAGCCAAGAAAUUUCAGAGAAAGCUAAACUUACUCAGUAUAUUUUGAAAAGCAGAUCUAUAAACUCACGCAUGCAUGUUAACAAUAUGGAUUUGUAUAUUAGCGAAGGAACUCUUUCAAACAAUGAUGUCACCAAAAGUAGAGUACGAUUAAUGUUUAUCAACUUUAUUGAGACUUCAAUGGAUCAUCAUGCCAUUGAGUGGUGCUUAGCCAUGAAACUUUUUUUGGAUGUGCCUUGUACGGACUAUAGUAAUCUUGUUGAAAAAACUAUUGAUAGCUUGAGAGAGCACUUUCAUAGCAUGAAAAACGAUAAAUCUUUACAGCUUUUCCUACACAAAUUACUUGAUGCUUUCAGCUCUAUUUCAUCUGAAUCAAAAGACUGGAUUUCUAAAACAUCACACAUAAUUGCAUUACCAAUGGUAUUAGAGGCAUCACUUCGUGAGAUUAAUGCGGUUGACAAAAGCUAUAAAGAUCUUGAGUUUGAAUUAUUUGAUUCGUUCAUGCCAUCAGCUAGUGAAGAGGUUCUGGAUGAAUCGUUUCCAGUUUACUCUGUGUAUAACUUUGCAAGUUUAAGUCAUUGCCUCACCUUGGAGCAAAAGGCAACUGAUUAUUGUCUGAAAUUUUCCUCAGUUAAUGACAAUGUCGAGCAAGCAUUAGAGACUGCUUUAAAGUUUACUUCAAAAAUCAAGUCCAAAUUUCAGUAUAUUGCAUCACAAAUUGAGAUACUAAAGUUUAUUGAAACCAAUAAUGUGGAUACCAUAUCUGAACAAGUUAUAGAUGAGAUGUUUAGUAGUUUAACAUCCCUAUUAGAGGACCAUCUGACAAAAACAAAUGAAAGCUCACUCAUAUUGAUAGCUAGGGCUUUCAAAGCUUUUUGCAAGCGUUGGAUGAACCCACAAUUACCGGGUAUCGAUUCAGAUGGGAAAGCUGUUUAUGAGUAUCUUACUAACUUAUAUCAAAAGAAUAUGAUAUACACAGAAUCAGUUUUAAUUGCAUAUUUAGAUUUGUCUAUGCAAAUAUUAACUUGUUUCAACAAUAGUUCAAUUGAAUUCAACAAUAAGGAAAUCUGGAGUACCUCUAUUGAAAUAUUUGCUAUGCUAUCGAAUUUCAAUAAAUGCCAGGUAGGGGAAUACAUAAAAACCUUUAUUCAAGAUGCAAAUGGAAACAAGCUUGAAAUUUAUAGCUCGUUUGUCAAAUCAUUUAAAGAUCCUCAUUUUAGUAUUGAAUCAUCGGCAACAUUUUGUUUCUUUAUGACGAGAAUUUCUGCAGCUUCUGAAUCAUUAACAGUGGCAACCGUUUGCAACCUUCUAGAGCUUUCAAACCAUUCACAAAUUCUGAUGUAUUUACCAUAUGCAAUACGCUCAAUAAUUACUACCAAUAAUAUUCCUGAUGUUCAUACAUUAUUUUGGAAUUUCAAGGAAAUUUUUUUCAAGUGUUGGUGGAGCUUUGAGUUUUCGAUUGAAGAAUUCCCCUUCAAGUUAUUUGAAUUUUCAACUUUAGACGACUUUUUUCUUGCAACUUACAAGGAAAUGACAGCAUUAUCCUUGGCCUAUAAUCACAAAUCUGAGAUAUCGAGAAUUUCAAAAAUCACCCGCAUGCAAGAAUCUUCAGUGGUGAAUGAUUCAAUGGCUCUUUCGAUAACAUUAUCCUGGACCAGAGGAGGCAUAAGAAAUAAAAUAUUUAAAUCUUUUGAAAAAUACUUUACGUCUUCAAAAACCUUAAAAGCAAACAUAAAAGAGCAGUUCUUAUUAAUUGUAUUUCAAUUGUUUCGAUUUUGUGACUGUUCCUCAGAGAAUGAACUCAAAAAUACAUUUGCAUUUGAAACAAAUGAAAAGCAUAAAGAAGAUCUUUUUUCAAAGAAUUCACAAAAAAUAUCAUUUCUGGAUGAAUACGAACUCUAUAUCAAACCCAAAAGCUGUGUCGAUAUGAUUAAUUAUUUUUCAGAUACUUGCGGGAUUGAUGAAACCUGGACCGUGCCAACGGUUUACCAUUUAACAUCCAAAAUACUGCUUUUGGUUGAUUCUUCAAUACUAGAGCUUGAAAAAAAGAUUCAUUUACGGAGAUUGAAAUUGCUAUACAUGCUAGCCUCAAAAGGAUUUGCAAACUCCAAUGUAUGUGAAAUCAUUACAAGAAGUUUAGUACCUUAUCUCAAAGAUGACAAUUUAAUGGAUGAUGCUGCAAGUAUGUUGAAUUGCGUGUUAUGUGAAAAUAGUAAGUCUUUAUCAAAUAUUUCAAUAGAGGUCUGGGUAUUACUUUUAUGUAGCUUAUUUGAUGGCCAUCGUUCUUCUCAAUUAGAUAAUCUUCGUAUAACUUUGUCCAGAUUCCAGUCCGACAUCAAUAUGGGGAAAUUCUCCGAAAUUCUUGAUUUCGGUCUCAAUACGAUCCAUAAGAAGAACACAACUCCCGUUCCUAACCUAAUAGAAUUUAUCAAUGUUUCAUGUGAAGAUGCUAAAAAUACUCAUAUCUUGAUCAAAUUUCUUUCACUUUUAUUUGAACGAAGUGUUCAAUUGCACACACUAAAUUACGAAAAGUUACAUACUUCUUUGAAUGAACAGUUUGUCCAAAACAUCUACAAAAUAAAGAUUGAUUACGCUAGUGAACUUUCCACUCCGAUGCUCAUAUGGGUUGGCAAAUGUUUGGGUAUAUAUUAUCAAUUUUACGGAAAUAUUCCAGAAUCAAGAAUUCUUGAGUACGACAGUUACAUGAUGCAGCAAAACAAUAGGCUUGAGUUUAACAAACUUGUAAAAUCUCUAGAUAUGAUCUUUGAAUUGAUGAUCAAAGAUCUUCCAACAUCCAAUCCGAGGACACGAUACUGUUUCGAAACAAUUGUUGGUGUGAUUUUAUACAAAAAGAAUGUCCUACAUGAAGAUAUCACCUCAUAUAUAUCAUAUGAUAGUUUGUUUGAGCCUUUUGAAGACUUCAUAUAUCCCAUGGGCAACUAUGUGUGCUCUCUUUUGAUUGAGCAAGUGGAGAAUAAUAAUCUAACAUAUUAUAGGCACGGUCUUGAACAGGCGUUAAAUGGAUUCUCCACUAACAUAAAAGCAUUUAAAUUAGAGAAGUGGCUCACUCAGAUCUUAUUUUCGAUCAUUAAUGAACUUACUUCUCAUACUUCCAUCAUUAUUUUGUUGGCAAAUUACAUUUGCCAUAUUGCAUCAUUUUCCGUUAAGUGCUUCUGUCCUUUAAUAUUAUACUUCAUUGAAAAUCAACCCAUCAAACGUGGAAAUCUCAUUGGUAAAAUGAUUCAUGAUUUUUUUGCGGAAGACAUCAAUCAGCUACCCAAAGAAGCAAUUCAGCUGUUUGUUGAAUUGGUUCUGCUCAUCAGAAUUGGGACUAAAAAUGGCAACGAUAAAUUUGUAAGCAUUUUUCGCCAUUUUGAUAUCCCUCCAAUAUACGAAGCGGCUUUGUACAUUAAAAAAUACAAGGCCGCUUUGAUGCUUUUCGAAGACUAUUAUUGCAAUGUUGACCUUAUUACGCAAGAAGAGGUUUUGAAUGAUCCAUCUUACAAUAUGUCAUUGAAAGAAGCAUACGAAGGCAUUGAAGAUAAAGAUUUAGUAUUUGGGUUGCCUAUAGUUCCUAAACUUGAUUAUGGUAUAGAUAUACUAAAAAACAAUAAUUUGAAAUGGGGAGAGAUGAUGUUUAGCAAUGCAAAAUUUGAGUCUAGCCUUUUGUGGGGAAAUUUUGACAAGGGAAACUAUUUGAAUAGCAUUACUUCUGGUAUGAUGGAGUUGGGCUGGUCCGGUGUUUCAAAUAUUAUGAGUGAAUACUCAUACGAAACCCCAAAUAAUGAAAAGGACUCCUACUCGGACAUGUUUUAUGAGCAAUUAUGGAAACUUAAUCAGUGGGAUAUAUCUGCUUCGACCGAAUUUGUGAGCGAAAACAAAUGCAUUUACUCGAUAUUGAAGCAGAUCAAAGAAUUUCCUUUUGACGCCAAAAGCAUUUGUGAAAAAUCCAUUGAAAAGCUAGUCAAGACAGAAGUCAAACUAUUCACUAAACCAGGCGCAACUUCUGUUGAAUCUUUAGAAUCAUGGGUAAGGACUCUUUCUUUAUGCAGCAUUUUUGAAAAAAUGACAUCAACAAACGAGGGGAAGUUUGAGGAUUCAUUGAUUAGUUUUCACGAAUCUACUUCCUGGUUUAAAAAUGCAACGGUCACAGAAUUCGAAAAUAUUUUGCUCGGUAGACGUUCUUUAUUCGAACAAUGAAAAUGAUUUUAUCCACUGGUGAGAGUCAAAGAAUGCUCUUGAAAGCCCCUGAUGACCUUCGCCAGGAUUCUAUCAUGAAGCAAGUUUUUGAAAAAGUUAACAAGUUGUUAUGGAGAAAUAUUGAAACCCGGAAACGCAAUUUGAGGAUUAGAACUUACAAUGUGUCACCUUU